CAAAAACAAAGCGCGUUUUUCAAUUCAGAGCUUCAAAAAAGAUUUUUCGAGAUGUUUUUCCAAAUAAAUUAAAAAUUUCCUCAGUUAAAAACGAAAAAAAUGUCGGAGAAAGUUUGUAUCCUUUGUCAACGACCUCCAACCGAUUUCGAGGAAUUUCUCGAACAAAAAGGACACGGUUUCCAUUAUCUGUGCCUUCUGUUGUCGCCGGCUUUGUAUCAGCGCGACGAAAAUGAAGACAACGGCUUGUACGGGUUCGUGCUAAAAGACAUCCUCAAAGAGGAACGACGAAUUUCGAAACAAAGAUGUCGAUUUUGCCACAAUAAACUUCACGCAAAUUUGUCGUGUUCCGUGGCGAAAUGCACUCGUUCGUUCCAUGUGGACUGCGGAAUUCAACGAGGAUGUCAAUACCAAAUGACGGGAAAUUUCUUGACUUUUUGUCACGAGCACCGAAAAUUCGAAAAACCAGAAGUUAAACACGAUCCUGACGACAUUUGUGCCAUUUGUAUGCUUGAACUUGGCGAUUACGACUACAACCAAUCAAUUUACGCGGAUUGCUGCAAACCCAGUUGGUACCAUCGCGAGUGUCUCGUGAAGACGGCAGAUCGUGCGGGAUUCUUUUUCCGCUGUCCGCUGUGCAAAAAUGAAGAAAACUUCAAGAAUCAAGUGCAGCAACAGGGAAUUUUUGUGAUGGAACGCGAUGCGGCAUGGGAACGUGAACCGGGAGCGUUUGCGGAUCAACGAGAGACACCGAGUACGUGCAAUGCGGAAGUCUGUGAGUGCCCGGAAGGUCGUUCUUGCGACAUAGAAGAGUCAGAUUGGGAGUUGCUCUUGUGCGAAACGUGCGCCGGCGAAGCAAUUCAUGUAAAAUGCCACAAUGACGACAGAUUUUUGUGCCAAACUUGUGCCGGGGCAGUUCGAUUAGACGAAAUUCCAAGUUCUCCUGAAGUCGUCGAGGGUAUUAGAGAGAGACAAAGACUUGUGAAUGGCACUUGGAUAGACAUUCCCGACGAAAUUCCGCCUUCUUUUUCACCAAACGUGCAAUUAGGAACAAAAUUACAAAAAGAAAGAUGCGAACCAGUGAAUCGGAAAUUCAUUGACAAUGCAGAACCCACGGAUAAAGGAUAUGCUUUUGCUACUUACGUCCUCAGAAGCGUAUUUUUGGACAAUAAUUUCACGGAAUUCGCAUCAAAGGAGAGAAAGAGAUACACAAGAAAUAUUUUUGUACCGAAAAAUAUUUCUUCGAGCCAAAAAUCACAUUCCGACAGUGAAGAAUCUCCCGUCAGUGACACCGAAAUUGCUGAAAUUCAAUCAAAACAGCAGGAAAAUUCUCCAAUAUCGAUAAUUAAGACAGAAAACAUGACUUGUGAUUCUCAAAAAUCAAUUUGUGAACCAGAAAAAUCGCCUUCUGAAGACAUAAACGGAAAUAAAAGAGAAUUCCGACACAUCGAAAAGGAAGAUUUUCAACCAAAAGCUCGAAUUUCACGCAUCACUGAUGAUGUCAAAGACAAGAAAACCGAAAUUUCUCAAAAUUUGAUAGAUUUAACUGUUGAAAAUCUUCCUGGUACUGCUUUGAAUGAAGCAAAAAGCACGGAAAAUGCAGUUUUGAAUUCCUCCAACAGCUUUAACAAACGAAAAUUGUCUGAGGAGAACAAUGCGCAAAUGCAUCCGCAGAAAAAACAUCGAAAUUCCCUCACAAAUCAUCGUCCAUUAGUGCCGUUUUCGAACAAAGGAUCGCCUCAAGCUAAAAUUAAGCAAAUGACAAUCAACUCGUUCUUCAAAAAAAGUCCUAAAAGUUAGUUUAUUACAGAAAAAUUUCAUUAAAAUAUAAAUUUCAUGUAAAAUGAGUACUUAAAGUUGAUAAGGAAAAUGUUAAGGAAAUAAAAAAAAUAUUGAGCAAAACAAAUUAGCAAAACGAAAAAAAAAAAAAUAUUUUUCUUGAAGGAGAAAAAAAAAACAAAAAAAAGGCUUAGGCUUAAAAA